GGGCGGCGGGAGUUUUCUAAGGGGCGGCUUUGGCGCCGCCGGAAGGCAGUGAAGUGGUCCCAGAGUUGGAAGGAGCAACGGCCUUGGUGCAGCGCGUCCAGGGGUAACCCGGCGUCGCGGAGAGAGUGACCUGCGGCCUUGUGUUUCGGAGACGGAGGCUCUAGGUUGGACAGGCGUCUCUCUGAGGUGAGGAAGUCGCAGGCCCGUUCCCGGACGAGGCCUUCCUCAACCCCGCACCAGCCUCUUUGGGGUCGGACACCGCGGCUCAGCCCACACCCCGCUUGCCCGUCGUCACCCCCGACACCGGGGUUCUCCACUCAGGAUGACUUCUAGACCGGAGAUGGUAGAUUCUUAGUUGUGAUGGGUUUGAUUCUGUAUUUUGACUUUUUUAUGACAAGUGCUAGAAGAGGAACCAGUGGCAUCUAAGACUCAUGAUCGUCAACUGGAAUCAGAUCCCAACCCUGUGGACGUGUGUAAUAAAUCGUCCGCCUCCCUGGAGAUGACUGAACGUGUUUCAAAGAAACGAAUUCACCGUGGCUGUAGCCCCCAAAAAGGGGACAGUGGUGAUCUCAGCCACCAGGAAGGACUUGAAUCCAGGUCCCUUCAUUUGUCCCCACAAGAGCAGUCUGCCUGUCAUCAAGAUAGGAGGCAGUCCUGGCGGCGAGCAAGUAUGAAAGAAACGAACCGGCGGAAGUCACUGCCUCCCUUUCAUCAGGGCAUCACAGAGCUCUGCAGAUCCAUCAGUGUUGACCUAACAGAAAGCAAACGGCUGAGCUCUCUCCUCCUUUCCAGUUUCCAGUUCUCUGUUCAGAAACUUGAACCUUUCCUAAGGGGAACUGAGGGCUUCAGUCUUGAAAGUUUUAGAGCCAAAGCAUCUUCCCUUUCUGAAGAAUUGAAACAUUUUGCAGACAGACUGGAAAGUAAUGGAACACUACAAAAAUGUUUUGAAGAUUCAGAAGGAAAAGUAUCAGAUUUGGCUCUGGAAACAUCAGUGGCUGAGAUGAAGGAAUAUAUAACAAAGUUUUCUUUAGAACGUCAGAGUUGGGAUCAGCUCUUGCUGCGCUACCAGGAAGAGGCUGAAGAGAUCCUAUCAAGAGGAUCAGCUGAAACCAAAAAUACUGAAGUUGAAGUGGGACCUAGAAUGUAUGUUGGGUCUUCCCAGAGUGAAGUCCUUAAUACAAAACCUGACUACCAGAAGAUAUUGCAGAACCAGACUAAACUCUUCGAUUGUAUGGAGUUGGUGAUGGACGAACUGCAAGGAUCCGUGAAGCAGCUGCACGCCUUUAUGGCCGAAAGUACCCAGUGCCUCCAGGAGGUGUCAGUACAGCUCGGGAAGAGAAGCACUCAACAGUUAGAUCCUUCACCAGCUCGAAAACUGCUCAAGCUUCAGUUACAGAAGCAACCUAGCACAUAUUGCUCUAAAUCUUGUCAGUGACCGUAUGCAGCUUUUCUGCCACAAGGUGCUCUAGAGGAGAGAAACCGCAAGAGUGCCCCAGUGCACAGCAGGCUGAGCUGUGACAUCUGCCCUGUUGCCUUUGAAGAUAACUGGCUGACUGUAAAGCACUCUGAUGUUUUUUCUUAAAAUGGAAUUUAUGCAUUUGAAAGAAUGUCAUAUACAAGCUGUUUCCAAGAACGGGCAAAAUGCUUGAGACUUUGCUUUGGAAUGACCUCCAGAACUAGUGGCCCAUUCUUUGAAAUAUCCUUUGUGAUUAGAAAUCUUCUUACUCUGAAGAUGUUUUUGAGGUUUUGAAACAACCUAAAGUCAUUCAGGACCAAAUCCAGUAAGCAUUUUAGGGGUCAUUCUGGUUGUAAACAGAAUGAGACUGAUUUUCUCCUAUGACUUUAAGGGUGAUGUUAGGUAGAGGAGUUGUGAGCAUUGUUUGCAUUGUAUGGAUACAUAUAUCUCCUCACAAGAUUCCCAUGUUGAAAAUAAUAACACUCAUUCUGUAUAUCCUGAUGUCUGUAAUGUGUUUUAGCUUUUUUGGAGGGGCGUGCUACACCAUGUGGCAUGCGAGAUCUUAGUUCCCCAACCAGGGAUCGAACCCAUGCCCCCUGUGGUGGAAGUGUGGAGUCCUAACCACUGGAUUGCCAGGGAAGUCCAGUAUAGUCUGCUUUAGCUUCUAAUGUUGAGUUGACAUCCUAAAUUCUAGAUUCAUGGCAAGAAGGGGUUAAGUAUCUCUUUUUCAUUGUUCUCUGUAUUUGUUAAUGAUGUGCAUUAUAAGAUUGCAUGUUCUUAAAAGCUUUCUCUUGUCCUUUUAAGAGGACAGGAGAAAAUGAAAAGGCGGGGAAGGCUUAGCAGAAAAUAGGAUUCUUUGUCAGGACCCAGAAGUGAACAGUAGCGUGGACAGUGUUAACAACCAAUAAAACACCAACUAAUUUAUUGUCAGUAUCUCUUAUUUUCUGAUCCUCCUGAUAGAACAGAACCCACUUCACUUAAAUACCCAGUCAUUAUCUUAAGUCUUAAAGCUUGGACUAUGCACCAGUUAGUAAGAGGUGAUAUAUCCUAGCUUUUCCCUGUGUUCCUUAAGGGUUUUUAAAAAAUUUUUUUGAUUUAUUAGUUAAUUUGGCUGUGCUGGGUCUGAGUUGCUGCACAUGAGAUCUUUGAUCUUCGAUGUGACCUUCAGGAUAUUUUUUUUCUUAGUUGCAACAUGUGAACUCUUAAUUGCAGCCUAUGGGAUCCAGUUCUAGGGAUCAAAUCCAGGGCCUCCUGCCUUGGAAGCACUGAGCCUUAGCCCCUGGACCACCAGAGAAGUCCCACAUUCUUCAUUCUUUCAUAUAUUUACUUAGCUCCUGCUAUAUGCCAUGCACAGUUCUAGGAACUGGGAAGAGAGCAAAGAACAAAAACAGUCUUAGGACCUCUUUUCAUGAUUUUCACAGUCUGUUGGGCACAGGGAACAAGAAAAAACCUCUUUUCUACAGAAGUAAUGUUUCAGUUGACUUGGGAAGGAGAAAGGAGUUAAAUAGGGCAGUUAUUUGAGGUAAAAAGAGCCACAUUUUAAAAGGCCUGAGGAGAAAGAAUAAAACAUUCUGGGAUACUAAAAAUUAAAAAUAGAUUGGUUAAGCAGGAAUGCUAAGUGCCAGUAUAAGAACCACCUGAGACAAAGAUAACUGAAAGUUAUUGAAAGGUUUUGAGAGAUGGAUGGGAUCAGAACUUUCUUUUCUUUUUUUUUAAAUUUAUUUUUAAUUGGAGGAUAAUUGCUUUACAAUAUUGUGUUGGUUUCUCCCAUAAAGCAACAUGAAUCAGCCAUGUAUACCAUCUAUGCAUAGGUAUACAUAUGUCCCCUCCCUUUUGAAGAACUUUAUUUUCAAAACAUCACUCCAGUUGCUGUUUGGAGAGCAGUUAGAAGCAAGUAGGUGUGGCUAUUAGAGACCAGUUGUGCUCUUAACAGUCUGCAGUGGUCAGGUGCGGAGUGACUGCUUGGGCUGGGAGUUAGCAGUGGAUGAGUAGGGGGCGUCAUUCAUAGUGUCUGGAACACAGCAGGCAUGUCACCUCCAUGUUAAAAGUCUAACUGCUACUUACUGAGAAAAAGUCAUCUAACCUCUUAUUUAUAAGAUUGGGAGAAUGAUAGAAUCUAUAGCACAGGGAUGCUAUAAGAGUUAGAUUAACAGGUUAAAGAACAGUGGAUGGGGGACUUCCCUGAGAGUCCAGUGGCUAAGACUCCAAGCUCCCAAUGCAGAGGGCCCAGGUUUGAUCCCUAGUCAGGGAACUAGAUCCCACUUGCUGCAACUAAGAGCCUAAAAAAAAAGAACAGUGGAUGGAGGAGGGUAAAAACUCCCAACUGAGUAGAUAAUGAGCAGUUAAUUAGGUGGGAAAGUUCACAGUUAAAUUUGGCAUACCAAACAGAUUUCAACUAGAUUGUUGGAUAUACUGAUAGAAAACUGGGUAGGGAAACCUAGAUGGGAAUAAAAUUUGGAAGUUACCAAUACCUAGUUAUUAAAGCCUUAGGAAUAAGAUAAUGUUGUCAAAAAAAAAAAAAAAAAGAUAAUGUUGUCCAGAGGAGAGCAUGAAGGGAAACUGGACAGCCCCAAGGAAGCUUUUAAAAAUCAGAGGAGUGGUGUUAAUUGCCACUCUUUCAGAAGCUGAAUAAUAUAGUGGAAAGAGUGUACUUUGGAGUGAAUCUUCAUCCUUACCCUCAAUUUCCUUUUUGUGAAAUGGGGAGAGAACACCUCUCUCCAAAGGUGAUUGUACCUCCCCUCCCCCCCAUUUUAUUUAGUACACUGUAUUACAUUUUUAAAACGUAUUUAUUUGUGGCUGCAUUGGUUCUCCUUUGCGGCAUGCGGGCUCCAGAGCACAUGGACUUAUAGCUGUGGCAUGCGGUCCACGUGGCAUCUGGGAUCCUAGUUCCCUAAUCAGGGAUCAAUCCCAAGUCCCCUGCAUUGGAAGGUGGAUUCUUAACCACUGGACCACCAGGGAAGUCCUUGGUGUUUUGGAAAUUUUGUUUAUAGGAAUUAAGAAGUGUCUUUGUAUCUCCAAUUACCAUACAAAAUAGAGCACAGAAAAAGAAUAAGAUCUGAGCAUUCUAUAUGCAUACACACUGCAACUUGAGAUUGCCUCUUUUAUUUAUUUAUUUUUUCAUUAUAGAUGAGGAAUUCAGGCAUGGAGGGGCUUAAUAAUCCAACCAAGAACAUAAAGAUAGGAGUGGAGGGUCAACUAGAACCCAUGUAGCAUUCAGUAAAUGUUAACUAACACAAUAAUUAGUAAAAGGCUGUGCCCAGGUACUACUAGUUUUUUCUCCCCCCAAGUUUGGUUCAGGAAUUGUACUAGGUGAAUGUUAUAGAUAGUCGGAGCCUUAGAGAUGUUUGGUAGUAUUCUUCCUUUUGCCCUACUUUAGUUAACGAGUAUCUUGCUUUUAAUCAGUGAUAUUUAACACUAAAGAAAUAAUAGGUUAUAUUAUAAACUCUUUCAAGGAAGGGAAUAUAUUUUGUACAUUUUGCUUGCUUAAUGUAAUCAUCUGGAAAAAUCUCCUCAGGUUGCCCUCAGAGGAGACGGUGUGACUGGUGGUUGUAGUAGAGGCGAUAUAAUGGAGGACUGGGAAUUAGGAGCCCUGUUUUGGUUUCUAGUUUUGGGUGUUUUUUUGUGUUUGUUUCUGUUUUGAGUAUAGUGGAUUUACAAUGUUGUGUUAGUUUCUGCAAUACAGCAUAGUGAAUCAGUUAUAUAUAUAUGUAUAUGUAUAUAUAUAUACACAUACACAAACACACAUACUCUUUCUUACUUUUCCCAUAUAGGUCAUUAUGUAGUAUUGAAGAGUUCCCUGUGCUAUAUCUAGUUCUUAAGUUACUGGUUCAUUCACCAAAAACUUACUAAGCCUGUUCCUGAUGCCAGGCACAGUGCUCGGUGCCAUGUGACCUUGGGUACCACUCUAGGUCCAUGUCAAAGGAGGAUGCCUUGCUAUGUAAAGAGUUCUUAGGGGUUCCAUAAGGAUGUAACUCAGCAGAAGGGAAGAAGCCAGCCAGACACAGCUCUCAACACCCCUCCCUCUGAGCAGUUCUGAUUAAAGGUUCUCCAAGGAGACUCCAAAGCAAGAAAACUAUAGUACUUCCCCCUUAACUGAGGGGGAAUGUGUUCCAGGACCCCAGUGGAUGCUUGAAACUGCAGAUAGUAUGCCCUAUAAUUGCAAAGUUUUUUUCCUAUAUUUACUUACAGUAAAAUUUAACUUAUAAAUUAGGCACAUUAAGAGAUUAACAACAAUAAUAAAAUAGAGCAACUGUAACUAUAUACUGUAAUAAAACUUGGGUAAAUGUCUCA